AUGGAACCCGCGCGCGGCUCCUCACCUUCCCCGGCAGUACCUGCCACAGGGCAGGUGCCAGUUGUGCAGGAGGCAGCGACGAACGUACCACCUCACAGUCGUCCACGGAGCACAAAAACAGAUACCCCUCCUGACGCCAGCUCUCAACCUCCUGUCCCUGAUUUCAACCCAAAGUCCGAUCCCAACUCUGAACAUAGCAUCGACACUUACCAAACGGACAACGACGAGGAUCAGUACAGCUACACUUACUCUGACGAGGAGGACUUGGACGCAUCUUCUGUUUGCUCCUUCGAAGAAGAAGAAGACGGUAAUUGGGAACGAGACCCUGACGACACUAUGGCAGGCUCAAGACGCCACCACAGCCAGCGUCGCCGUACUCCGACGGACCUAACUGGCGUCCUCACCCUCGACGAGAAGAAUGAGCUUAUCAGCUUGGUGAACAACAUCCUGGACAGCAUGCAGGACCAAAUCAGCAACAUCUUCCACUCCCCUCCCAUUACCCCCGCCACGGCCGAAGACCCCGGCAACUCGUGGCUGUCCCUCUCGCUGUUCAAGAACAAGGCAAACGCCAUCACUCAGCCUCAGAGCAUUGCUAACAAGGAGAACGCCCGGCCUUCUUCGGCUUCGACCCAGCAAAAUGCCGCAAAGACGUACAACAGAGCCCACGAAAUCGUCGAGAAGGAGGAGAAGGAGGUCAUGACGCCUCAGCUCCAGGAGCUCAAGAAGGAGUGUCUCGUAGUCUUCAAGAAGUGGCAGGGUAACGUCCUGACCCGCGCCAAGGAUAUCUCUGUCAGGGAUCCCGAGGUCUCAAACACCCCCGCCGGCCGUGGUGGCCGGGGUGGUCGUGGAGCCCGUGGCGGUCGCGGUGACCGUGGUAUGCCCCAGGGAGGCCGUGCCGCCCCGCGCGGCCGUGGAGGUAGAGGCGAUCCCCUAGGUGUCAAGACUGGAGGCUCACCGGCUGCACGCCGACCUGACGAAGCUGACCCCUGGCUUGUUCGACGAUUUCCUCCUACUGUCACGCCUUUGACUUCUCUCCCCAUCGAGCGACGCAAGCUUCUGCUCCAUACGGUUCUUCUGCUCCUACUGUCUUUGGAGCAGUACACAUCCUUCUCCCGCGUCUUCAUGCUCAAGUUGGCUUCCUCGCUUCAUCUCACUCUUCGCACGUUUCAGGAGGACGAGGUUCGCGUCGCCCGGGGUCUCGGCAAGACCGUCCAGGAAGUCAAUGCCGACGAUGUUGUGCAGGAUAAGUCUGCCGAGAACCAGUCGUCUAGACGCUGGAAGGUCGGCCUUGCUGGUGCAGCCGGCGCUGCCGUCAUUGGAAUCACCGGCGGUCUUGCCGCCCCGUUGGUCGCUGCUGGCAUCGGCUCAGUCAUGGGCGGCGUUGGACUUGGUUCCACGGCCGCCGCUGGCUUACUCGGAACUCUCGCACAGAGUGGUGUUGUCGUCGGCAGCUUGUUCGGCAUUUAUGGUGCCCGCCAAACAUCCAAGAUGAUGGACCAGUACGCCAGAGACGUUGCCGACUUCGCCUUCCUGCCUCUGCACGGCGAUAUGAAAGACGAGUACCGCGAUGCCAAGGAGAUCCCUCCCAAGGACCGACGCCUGCGCGUUGUUCUUGCACUCAGUGGUUGGCUGACCCAGAAGGAAGAUGUGGUCAACCCCUGGCGCUGCAUUGGCCACCAAGGUGAGGUAUACGCUGUGCGAUGGGAAGUUGCCAACCUUAUGAAUAUGGGUAACUCGCUUGAGACCGUCAUCAAGAGUACUGCCUGGAGUGUUGCCAAGAAGGAAAUCAUCACGCGGACCAUCUUUGCCAGUCUUAUGUCGGCCAUGUGGCCCAUCGGUCUCCUCAAGGUCAGCAAGGUCAUCGACAAUCCCUGGAGCGUCGGCAUGGUCCGAGCUGAGAAGGUUGGCAUGAUUCUGGCCGAGGCCAUCAGCCGAAAGGUGCAGGGUGAUCGACCCGUCAGCCUGAUCGGCUACAGUUUGGCUGCCCGAGCCAUCUAUACGUGCUUGAUGGUGCUUGCGGAACGCCGCCAGUUCGGUCUCAUCGAGUCGGUUGUCAUGAUCGGUACCCCGGCACCAUCAGAGAGCCGUGUCUGGCUCGCACUGAAGAGUGUCGUUGCAGGUAGACUUGUCAAUGUCUACUCCGAGAACGACUAUAUCCUCGGCUUCCUGUACCGCACCUCCAACCUCCAGUUUGGGGUUGCCGGACUGCAGCCUAUUCAGGGCGCCGAGGGCGUAGAGAACUACGACGUGAGCAGCAUGGUUAGCGGCCACCUCAGGUACCAGUACAUGAUCGGUACCAUCCUUAAGAACAUCGGCUGGGAAGACCUCGACUAUGCGCAGGUUGAAAAGGAUGAACAAGUCCUCAGACUCAUGGAUGAGAAAUACGGUCGCGACAAGAGCCAGAAGCCGCCAUACGUCGACAUGGACAAGGAAGCCGAGCACAUCCAGGAAGAGGUCAAACAGAAGAACGACGCCAAGCUCGAAUCGACAAUGAGCAAGAUGAGGAUCCAGAACUAG